AUGCACGUCAAUCCCAACCAGGCGCACUGGGAGUGGGGACCUUAUCUUAGGUUGAUAGGCGUUUUCUUUGGCGUUGAACUUCCCGCAACGAUGCCAUUUAGCCCAAUAUCCGCAGCAGCUCAACCACUUGAAGCCGCCGACUUAAAUUCCCAACAGCCUCCCGCUGCGCCAUUCCGCCCUACCAUCGCACCCAAGGCCGUUAUCGACCUCAAGCAUAUCCGCCAGAACCCAGCACUGUAUGAACAAAACUGCGUUGAAAGGAAUUACAAGUCCCAGAGCACGUAUCCAGUACGCAUCAAUGCCCUUUUCGAGCAAUGGCACGAACGGCAACGUGAGGGUCGCACCCUCCGCGAGCGCUCCAAUCUGCUGCGCCGCCAACUGGCCAACCCAUCAGCUUCCCUUACCGAGGCACCAGACCCGCGAUUCCAGGAUCUGACGAACAUGUCCCGCGAGGAGUUGCUAGAAGAAGGCAAACGGCUGAAGGACCAGCUAUCAUCCAUUGAAGAUUCCGAGGCAAGGUUGGAAGAUGAGAUGCAUAGUCUUGGCCUGGCGCUGCCCAACUUGACUAGUACAAGUACUCCACGAGGCAGCGAACCCCUCGUUUUGAGCUACAUCAAUGUCGAGAAUGAUGACCCGACCGCACUGCUGGAGUCGACUGGCAAGUCAGACCGAGUAUGGCGCUCACAUGUCCACAUAGGUUCAGAACUGGGCAUAAUGGACUUUGCAGGCGCGGCAACGGCGUCGGGCUGGGGAUGGUACUAUCUGGUGGGCGAGGGCGCGGCUCUGGAGCAAGCCUUGGUGCAGUACGCUCUGGCAGUUGCCACCCGCCAUGGCUGGACGCAGGUUAGCCCGCCAUCGAUAGUUUAUUCCCAUAUCGCUGGUGCGUGCGGCUUCCAGCCCCGUGAUCAUAACGGGGAGACUCAGAUCUACAACUUGGCGCAGUCUGCAUCUGACGCCGAGCGAGGACGGCCCGAACUAUGCUUGGCUGCCACGGCAGAGAUUCCUCUUGCCGGCAUGAAGGCCGACACACAGCUCGAGGAGUCGGAGCUCUCAAUGCGUCGCGUGGCUGUGUCUCGCUGCUACCGCGCCGAGGCCGGCGCACGUGGUGUGGAUACCAAGGGCCUCUAUCGAGUACACGAGUUUACCAAGGUGGAAAUGUUCGCGUGGACCUCACCCGACGAGUCCGAAACGUUGGAUGUCUUUGACGAGAUGCUCGAUAUACAAACCGAAAUCCUAGGGGCCCUGGGACUCAGCUGCCGCGUGCUCGAGAUGCCAUCUACUGACCUCGGGGCCUCAGCAACGCGCAAGAAUGACAUUGAGGCAUUUUUCCCAUCCCGCAGGCUGUUGCGGGAUGACGGUUGGGGUGAAGUUACUUCGGCCAGUAUCUGUACCGACUAUCAGACUCGUCGGCUCGCUACUAGGGUGCGCGUUGCCGGAAAGAUGACUUAUCCGUGGACAGUCAACGGCACCGCACUUGCUGUGCCCCGCGUCUUGGCUGCUAUCCUGGAGAAUGGAUGGGAUGAGGACUCCAUGACGGUCACCAUUCCUGAGGUCCUUAGGCCAUGGAUGGAUGGCAAAGAGAAGAUCGGCCCAAAACAUCGCAGGAGAUGA